AUGACUUUGUUUCGUAUCUAUCUAUCUAUCUAUCUAUCUAUCUAUCUAUCUAUCUAUCUAAUUCUGUUUCGUAUCUAUCUAUCUAUCUAUCUAUCUAUCUAUCUAUCUAUCUAUCUAUCUAAUUCUGUUUCGUAUCUAUCUAUCUAUCUAUCUAUCUAUCUAUCUAUCUAUCUAUCUAUCUAUCUAUGUAUCUAUCUAUCCUUUUAUUUGCUCAUAGUAAAGUUUGUCGUUUUUAUCUCUCCUAAACCACCAACAGCAACAACUUCUUCUUCUUCUUCUUCUUCUUCUUCUUCUUCUUCUUCUUCAAUACGUUUUAUGGUACCCAGUCUUUCCACAUUUUUCUUUAUUAUCUGUGAAGUGCAAUUAGAUUUAUCUAUCAGCGCAUCUAUCUACGUGGCGCCUCCUGGCACAUAUAACCUCUACAGAAUGUCCCCACUCUACUCCGUCGCCAGCUCAUUGUUUCCUCUCCUUCUCAAUAGAUCUUCGCCAUGUCGUUCUUUGUCUUACCCUUCGGGUCCCCAGUUCAGUGUAACCUCGCAGACUCAAAAUGUGGCCGAUGAGCCUCCUUUUUCUUUCGUCGUACUCUCGACAUUUAGAGCAGACUCACCGUUUUUACAUGUUAAUAAGCAGAUCGUGAGCGGGGAAAAUGCUGUCCAUUGCGAAUUUCCUCAUAUGGUCUUCAUCGAUGUCGUGCUGAAGGACGGAGUGUCCUUUUGCGGCGCGACAUUGAUCAGCAAGAAACACGUACUGACCGCCGCCCACUGUCUCGAUGGCGACGUGAUAUCCAUCAACGCUCAUUUGGGAUCUACCGUUAAAAAAGAUACCACUACCGUUAUUGCCGUUAGACAAUGGGUUAAACACCGCGGAUAUGUUAUCGGCAAUUCAAUUCUGAACGACAUCGCCAUGUUGGAACUUACCAAACCAGUGCAAUUUGCCAGAUGCAUUAAGCCGAUCGAGCUUCCCAAGAAGGGUGAAGUUUUCUCAGGUACCUGCGUUGCCGCCGGAUGGGGUCAAACAGGAAACGAGGGAAUUUAUCCUGUCAACAUGAAAAGAGCCGACAUUAAAAUCAUUCCAACACGAAAAUGCCAACAGAGAGCCCAAGGAAUUACCGCCCAGCAACACGUCUGUGUCGGUGAUCAGAAGGUGAACGGCAAGAACAUUUGCAGCGGUGAUUCCGGUGGCGGCCUCGUUUGUCAGCGGGCCGAUGGUACCUCAGUUGUCGCUGGUGUCGCAUCGUACGUUUUCGACUGCAACGAUGGUUUUGGUGUCUACGCCAAUACCGAGAACUUCCUGCAAUUUAUUGAUGAUUACAGACGCGUUUGGAAGUGA